AUUCUUAGUGGGGGGAGAGCACAUGGUGGGGUCUGAAUGCCCGAGGAUCUGACUGUGCCAUCAAAACACCCCCCUCCUCUCAUGGGCCUCCUACCUCUGCACUGCAGGGCGCUGCCUGGCUGUUGCAAAGGCUUUGUGGUAUCUGCUGAUGGGAGCCCUAGUUGGUAAAUGCAUAGCCAUUAGGCCUGACGUCACAGUGGGCGCCUGUGUAGGGAGCCCUCGUGUACACCCUCCCGUAGGGAUGGUCCCCGGGAAUUACUCGAGGCUCAGAGAGCGCGCAGAGCUUGCACGGUGCUGGCUACGGCGGCGUCACCCUGAGCCCCUCAUCACCAGCAGGACUCUGUGCUUCUGUGCUCCUUGUAGCCCCGGGGCGUCCCAGGCCAGAGGGGAGAGACAUUCCAGGAGAGCUUUCAGGAAGUGCCUAGCCCCACGGCGAGGGGGCGUGUGGGGCAGUGCCCAAAGCCUGCUGCUGUUUUCUUUCACCAGGUCCGGACAAAGACUGUGGCCCAGUGUGUACAGUAUUACUAUAGCUGGAGAAAGAGGGUCACGUUUACUACCUCUUCUUGGGCCCCAGCACUGGAAAAGAGGGUCAAAAGGAAGCUGGCCGAGGCAGACCCAACAGAAACAAAGGUAGGGGAUUCUGGGGCAAUGGGGUCUCACUGGAGUUCAGUGCUGGUCUGAAGAGCUGCUGACCACCCAGGUCGGGGUGGGGAAGGGGGCCCCUACAGAGGAAAGCAUCACCCUCAGAAGGUGGAAGGUCGGCACCCUGAUGUCAUUUCUGCCCCUUCUGCAGGCCACUUGCAGCCCUCAGAAGAGACGCCACCACCAUCCAACCCUUGAGUUGAAGACAGAGACGGAGAGUGGCAGGGGAGAAUCCGUCAUCACCGCGAGCCCUAGUGCUGCUCCCAAGCGGACCCCUGAGCCUCCGGGGCGCGUCCAGGGCCAAGGCGCUUUUCCCUGUGGGGAGUGUGAGAGGGUGUUUGACAAGAUGUGGACUCGCUGUGCCCACAUGAAGCGGCACCGGCUUCAGGACCCCGAGGAAACAGCCGUCGGGGAGGAGCGGCCAGCGAAGGCCUUUAAGGUGGAAGAGGAGGAGGAGGAGGAGGAAGGGGAGAUGGGGGCUGACAUGGGCCCCUUGCAGGGGUGAUUUGGGCCGUGAGCCGGGGCCAGGCAGCACAUCACUGGGAUGAGGACCUCGGGCCCCGUCACCUCUCCCAUCAGCCUCCCCGAGGUGUUCAGGGCAUCCCUCUGCCUCCACCCCCACCUCCCCUGCCCCCCACUGACCAGCCCAGCUUGCAGAAUAGCUGGCAUCAGCCAACAACAGGCACGAGAAGCGCCAUCAGCGGACACUGUGGCAUCCUUGUCAGCUGGUGCCAGAGGCCCCGGUCC